UUUGUUAAGCUGAAAGCGUUAAGCUGUUUGUGGUUUCAUUGUCUGUGUGACUCUUGUACUGGUAGCUUCAUUUCCACCGCAAGCGUUUACAGAUCAGAUCGGACAUCUGAGAGCAUGUUAUGGCGUGGUUGACUCUCCUUCUUGUCAUCUCAUUUCAGAUGAUAUAUACACCAUGUCAGGCCGAUGAAAAAGCUUCUCUAAGGUUUGCUGGGAUUGGAGAUUGGGGUGGACUUCCCUUUUACCCCUACUACACUCCACAUGAGAGAGACACAGCGGAUGAACUGGGCAGAAUUGCUGAGAGCUUAGGCCUGGACUUUGUCCUCAGCUUGGGAGAUCAUUUCUACUACAGCGGUGUCAAAAAUGUCGAUGACAGUCGCUUUAAGUCUACCUAUGAGAAUGUCUUCUCUCAUCCGGCUCUCAUCCCUGUGCCUUGGUACCUUGUAGCAGGAAAUCAUGAUCACCGUGGAAACGUGUCAGCCCAGAUUGCCUACUCCAACAGAUCUGAAAGAUGGAUCUACCCUGAUCUCUACUACGAACUGAACUUCAAGAUUCCUCGUAGUAACACUUCCAUGACGAUUCUGAUGAUUGAUACUGUGGUUUUGUGUGGGAAUACCUAUGAUGAACUUCAACCAGGAGGUCCAGAGGACUAUGCUGCUGCCAAAAAGGAGCUGCAGUGGAUCGAGGAGAAACUUCAAAGCACCAAGUCUGAAUUUGUCAUUGUGGCUGGUCACUAUCCAGUUUGGUCAAUUGGGCAUCACGGACCAACCCAGUGUCUGGUAUCAUAUCUCCGGCCCUUAUUAAAGAAGUACAGUGUCUCCUUAUAUCUGUGUGGUCAUGACCACAGCUUGCAGUUUAUCAGAGAAGAUGAUGGAAGUUCAUAUGUGGUUAGUGGAACUGGAAUUGCUGACGAAAUCUUUACCGACCACAAGAAAAGCUUUCCAUCAUCUUGGCAGCUCUUCUCCAACGCUGUCAAUAAGACGACAGGAUCGUUCGUGUACUUUGAGGUCUAUACAAGUGAAAUGCUGAUAAGUUAUAUCCAGCCAGAUGGGAAAUGUGUUUAUCAGACAUCAAUCUCUAAACGUCAACUCUGACAUCAUUCUACAUCCAUAAAUGUAAAUUUUCUGGACAAAAACCCUGUUUCAUAACAUUUAAAAAAAAAGAAAUGGAAAUUUAUAUUGAUUCUAUAAGAUACUCUUUAAAGCAAAAGGCACUGAAAACUUUGAAAAUUUGUACUUUAUUUAAUAUUUUAUUGUAAAACCCCUAGCAUAUUUUGUAUUUGUAUUGUUACUGUCAAGCCUUGUAAUUUUUGUAUGUUGCUAAUUCAAUAAAAACAAUAGUGCAAGCAGGGUUUCCGCGUUCGCGCGCCCCUGGUGGUUGGCGAAGGAAUUGCAGGGAAUUCGUGAAAUGAUUAAAACAUUUAAUACAUUAAUUAUAAUUUAUAAUUACGUAAUACAAUGUAUAUAAAUACAUAAACGUAAAAAAUAUAUAAAACCUUA